GUUUAGAUAUAUAUAUUCAAAUACCGGAGAGUAUACAGCCAGCUCGCGGAAUUAUUUCUCAGUUGAUAGUGUGCUCUGAUCCUCAGUGAACAUAAAAAAUUAUCCAACCACUUUUUAAAAACAAGAUUACGCAAAUCCAAACGCAACAUGGUUUCUGCAGAAGUACUUGAAAAACUUGAAACUGAAUUCAAAAAAUUGGAAGCAUCCGAUUCCAAAUCUUUGUUGAAGAAAUAUUUGACCCGUGAAAUUUUCGAUCAACUCAAAACUAAACAAACAUCUUUUGGUUCAACACUUCUUGACUGUAUCCAAUCAGGUUUGGCCAACCAUGAUUCCGGAGUAGGUAUCUACGCCCCAGAUGCUGAAGCUUACACAGUAUUCGCUGAUUUAUUCGACCCAAUCAUCGAAGACUACCAUAAUGGAUUCAAGAAAACCGACAAACAUCCACCAAAAGAUUUUGGUGACUGUGAUACACUUGGAAACUUAGACCCUGCUGGUGAAUAUGUUGUCUCAACCCGUGUCCGAUGCGGUCGCUCACUCCAAGGCUACCCAUUCAACCCAUGUUUAACUGAGGAACAAUACAAAGAGAUGCAAGACAAAGUUUCAUCCACCUUGUCUGGAUUGGAAGGCGAACUUAAAGGCACAUACUAUCCAUUGGCUGGUAUGACCAAAGAAGUCCAACAAAAACUCAUCGACGAUCAUUUCUUGUUCAAAGAAGGUGACCGUUUCUUACAAACAGCAAACGCAUGCCGCUUCUGGCCAACUGGUCGUGGUAUCUACCACAAUGAGAACAAAACUUUCUUGGUCUGGUGUAACGAAGAAGAUCACUUACGUAUCAUCUCCAUGCAAAUGGGUGGUGAUUUAGGCCAAGUAUUCCGCCGUUUAACAACUGCUGUCAAUGACAUCGAAAAACGUAUUCCAUUCUCACAUGAUGACAGAUUAGGUUUCCUCACCUUCUGCCCAACCAACUUGGGAACUACAAUCCGUGCCUCAGUGCACAUUAAGGUACCAAAAUUGGCUGCCAACAAAGCAAAAUUGGACGAAAUUGCUGGUAAAUUCAAUUUACAAGUACGUGGUACACGUGGUGAACACACUGAAGCCGAAGGUGGCAUUUACGACAUUUCAAACAAACGGCGUAUGGGUUUGACUGAAUACCAAGCCGUUAAAGAAAUGUACGAUGGCAUCACUGAGCUCAUCAAAAUUGAAAAAGAAUUGUAAAUAAGCAGAAAAAUGACAAAAGAACAUCUGAGCUGAGAAAUAAAACUCAACCAUACAAACAUACAAACAUACAACAAACAUACCAAAACAUACAAAAAACAAUUCUAAAAACCAACAAUUUGUUUUUCAUUAUUUUAUUAUUUUUAUCAUAUUAUUCAACCAUUUAUAAUUCAAUCGAUUACUUACUUAAGUAUCGAGUAACGACAUCUAUGAUUAUUCAUUUCAAUCAUUUUUACUUUUAUUAUUUUAUUAAUUACUUUAUUAUACUUAUUAAUUACAUACUUUAAUUGUGAUUCAUUAUUAGUAUUAGAAAGACAAAAACAGGGCCGCCUGUUCUACAGGAUUUUAUUCUAUGGUUAGGCCACCCUUCAAAAAUCAUACGGUAAAAAAAACUCCCAUCCCUUUACCCCUUAUUAAAUACUUUUAAGAAGCAGCAACUGACUCCAGCAAAAAGAAUUUCCUCUGUCAACUGGGAAUCGGGGAAAUAAGACCAAAUCUUUUGGGAGAGGGGGAAUAUAGCAUAAAAAAAAAUUAGUUGAAUUAUAUUUUCUUUUUUUCAAUUAAAAAUUUUUCAUUUGUUUAUUUACCGUUGUGUUUUGAAUGAUCAGUAUUUUGUGAGGGCAUAAUUAAAAAGUUGUAGCCAGCAAAAUUGCUUAGUUUAAAAUAAAAGUAAAUUAAAAAAAAUUUAAAAAUGAUAUUGGCCAAAGUAUUAAAAUAAAAAUAAAAACUAUAAAAAUGAAUAGUCUAUAAUUUGUAUGAAAAUAAAGGAAAAACGAUGCAUAUGAAUACAAGACAUGAAAAACUAUUUGUAAAAAAAAAAAAUAACAAAAAAGAAAAUAUGAAAAUCUAUUGUAUUUAAUAUGUAAGCACAAGCCAAACAAAAAAUUUUAAAAACAAGUGACCUAUUAAAGACAUCUAUGUACUAUCAACAAA